AUGUUUCGAAACAGUCUCAAGAUGCUUCUUACAGGAGGGAAGUCAAACCGCAAAAACAGGUCCAGUGAUGGAGGGAACGAGGAGCCACCAGACCGAAGACAGGCAAGCGUAGACUCCCGCCAGAGCCGAUCUGGGCAAGGAGGCACCUCCACAGAGAACGACUGUGCUUUUGAACCAGACUACGCUCUCCCACCUCUCCCAGUGACCGAAGGUGACACUGAGCAGGAGCUGGGACCCCCUCCAUCCGUCGAUGAGGCAGCAAACACACUCAUGACUCGCCUGGGCUUCCUCCUUGGAGAGAAAGUCACCGAGGUCCAGCCAGGGCCCCAGUACAGCAUGGAGGUGCAGGAUGAGAACCAGAGCUCGGCCGUGACGCAGCGCAUCAGCCCCUGCUCCACGCUGACCAGCAGCACGGCCUCCCCGCCCGCCAGCAGCCCCUGCUCCACCCUCCCACCCGUCACCACCAGUGUCACCACCAAGGACUGCACCUAUGGAGCUGUCACCAGCCCCACCUCCACCCUGGAGAGCAGGGACAGCGGCAUCAUCGCUACUUUGACAAGCUACUCAGAGAAUGUGGAACGCACUAAAUACGGAGGAGAAAGCAGUAAAGAACUUGGAUCUGGAGGAAACCUGAAGCCUUGGCAGUCCCAGAAAUCCAGCAUGGACUCCUGCCUGUACCGCGUGGACGAGAACAUGACGGCCUCCACCUACAGCCUGAACAAGAUCCCCGAGAGGAACCUGGAGACUGUCCUGUCCCAGUCAGUGCAGUCUAUUCCUCUUUACCUUAUGCCACGGCCAAAUUCAGUAGCAGCCACCAGCUCAGCCCACUUAGAAGACCUGGCCUACCUGGAUGAGCAGAGGCACACUCCCCUGAGGACCUCCCUGCGGAUGCCGCGGCAGAGCGUGGUGGGCGCCCGGGCACAGCAGGAUCUGAGAGUGCGCUUCGCACCCUACAGACCUCCUGACAUCUCCCUGAAGCCCCUGCUCUUCGAGGUGCCCAGCAUCACCACCGAGUCGGUCUUCGUGGGGCGGGACUGGGUGUUCCACGAGAUCGACGCGCAGCUGCAGAGCCCCAACGCCAGCGUCAACCGCGGCGUCGUCAUCGUGGGCAACAUCGGCUUCGGCAAGACCGCCAUCAUCUCCAGGCUGGUGGCCCUCAGCUGCCACGGCACACGGAUGAGGCAGAUCGCUUCCGACAGCCCCCACGCCUCUCCCAAACAUGUGGAUGCAAACCGAGAGCUGCCCUUGGCCCAGCCACCCUCUGCUCACUCGGCCAUCGCCAGCGGGAGCUGCCCAGGGACCCCCGAGAUGCGGCGGCGGCAGGAGGAGGCCAUGAGGAGACUGGCCUCGCAGGUUGUGGCUUAUCACUACUGCCAGGCUGACAAUGCCUAUACCUGCCUGGUGCCCGAGUUCGUGCACAACGUGGCCGCCCUGCUGUGCCGCUCGCCCCAGUUCGUGGCCUAUCGGGAGCAGCUGCUGCGGGAGCCGCACCUGCAGAGCCUGCUGAGCCUGCGCUCCUGCGUGCAGGACCCCAUGGCCUCCUUCCGCAGGGGGGUCCUGGAGCCCCUGGAAAACCUGCACAAAGAGAGGAAGAUCCCUGAUGAAGAUUUCAUCAUAUUAAUUGAUGGUUUAAAUGAGGCUGAAUUUCACAAGCCCGAUUAUGGAGACACCAUAGUAUCAUUCCUGAGCAAAAUGAUUGGAAAAUUCCCUUCCUGGCUGAAGCUGGUUGUGACAGUCAGGACAAGUCUACAGGAAAUAAUUAAGCUGUUGCCCUUCCAUAGAAUAUUUUUGGAUAGACUGGAAGAGAAUGAAGCCAUAGACCAGGACCUGCAGGCCUACAUCCUUCAUCGGAUACACAGCAGCUCGGAGAUCCAGAACAACAUCUCCCUUAACGGCAAAAUGGACAACACGACGUUUGGCAAACUCAGUUCUCACCUCAAGACCUUGAGCCAAGGGUCCUACCUGUACCUGAAACUCACUUUUGAUCUCAUAGAGAAAGGAUACCUAGUACUGAAAAGCUCCAGCUACAAAGUAGUCCCAGUGUCCCUGUCAGAAGUUUACCUGUUGCAGUGCAAUAUGAAGUUCCCAACGCAGUCUUCCUUUGAUCGGGUUAUGCCUCUCUUGAAUGUGGCAGUGGCAUCUCUGCAUCCUUUAACAGAUGAACAUAUUUUUCAGGCCAUUAAUGCAGGUAACAUUGAGGGCACUUUGGAGUGGGAGGACUUUCAGCAGAGGAUGGAGAACCUUUCUAUGUUUCUUAUCAAACGUAGAGACAUGACGCGAAUGUUUGUUCAUCCUUCUUUCCGAGAGUGGCUUAUUUGGAGAGAAGAAGGUGAAAAGACCAAGUUUCUUUGUGAUCCUAGGAGUGGCCACACGUUACUUGCCUUCUGGUUUUCCCGUCAAGAAGGGAAACUCAAUCGACAGCAAACCAUUGAACUGGGACACCACAUCCUCAAAGCACAUAUUUUUAAGGGGCUGAGUAAAAAAGUUGGGGUAUCUUCCUCCAUCCUGCAAGGGCUUUGGAUCUCCUACAGCACUGAAGGUCUUUCAAUGGCUUUGGCAUCUCUGAGAAAUCUCUACACCCCAAACAUAAAGGUCAGUCGGCUGCUGAUUUUGGGAGGCGCAAACGUGAAUUAUCGGACCGAAGUUCUGAACAACGCGCCCAUCCUCUGCGUCCAGUCCCACCUGGGCUACACAGAGAUGGUGGCUUUGCUCUUGGAGUUUGGGGCCAAUGUUGAUGCUGCAUCAGAAAGUGGCCUCACCCCCCUGGGCUACGCAGCUGCUGCUGGAUUUCUGAGUAUUGUUGUGCUGCUGUGCAAGAAACGAGCCAAGGUGGAUCAUCUGGACAAAAACGGUCAGUGCGCUCUGGUUCACGCCGCGCUCAGAGGACACUUGGAGGUGGUGAAGUUCUUGAUCCAAUGUGACUGGACCAUGGCUGGGCAGCAGCAGGGAGUGUUCAAGAAGAGCCAUGCCAUCCAGCAGGCUCUGAUUGCUGCAGCCAGCAUGGGCUACACUGAGAUUGUCUCCUACCUGCUCGAUCUGCCAGAAAAAGAUGAAGAGGAGGUGGAGAGAGCACAAAUCAACAGCUUUGACAGCCUCUGGGGAGAGACAGCUCUGACGGCGGCAGCAGGGCGCGGGAAGCUGGAGGUUUGCCGGCUGCUGCUGGAACAGGGCGCCGCGGUGGCCCAGCCCCACCGCCGCGGGGUCGUGCCGCUCUUCAGCGCCGUCCGACAGGGCCACUGGCAGAUCGUGGAUCUGUUGCUGACACACGGUGCUGAUGUGAACAUGGCAGACAAGCAGGGCCGGACGCCGCUGAUGAUGGCUGCAUCUGAGGGACACCUGGGCACAGUGGAGUUCCUGCUUGCACAAGGUGCCUCCAUUGCCCUGAUGGACAAGGAGGGCUUGACAGCCCUCAGCUGGGCUUGUCUGAAAGGACAUCUCUCCGUGGUGCGUUCCCUGGUGGAGAAUGGAGCUGCCACCGACCACGCCGACAAGAACGGGCGGACUCCUCUGGACCUGGCAGCUUUUUAUGGAGAUGCAGAGGUGGUUCAGUUUCUGGUGGACCAUGGAGCCAUGAUUGAGCACGUGGACUACAGCGGGAUGCGGCCGCUGGACCGGGCGGUGGGCUGCCGCAACACCUCGGUCGUCGUCACUCUCCUGAAGAAAGGAGCCAAGAUAGGUCCAGCAACAUGGGCGAUGGCAACCUCCAAACCAGACAUCAUGAUCAUCCUGUUGAGCAAGCUGAUGGAGGAGGGAGACAUGUUUUAUAAGAAAGGUAAAGUGAAAGAGGCUGCCCAGCGCUACCAGUAUGCUCUGAAAAAAUUCCCCAGGGAAGGGUUUGGAGAAGACCUGAAAACCUUCCGUGAGCUGAAGGUGUCACUGCUGCUCAACCUCUCUCGGUGUCGAAGGAAAAUGAAUGAUUUUGGAAUGGCAGAGGAAUUUGCCACGAAAGCUCUGGAGCUGAAACCGAAGUCGUACGAAGCUUUUUAUGCACGAGCAAGAGCCAAACGCAGCAGCAGGCAGUUUUCAGCAGCCCUGGAGGACCUGAACGAGGCCAUCAAGCUGUGUCCCAACAACCGUGAGAUCCAGCGGCUGCUGCUGCGGGUGGAGGAGGAGUGCAGGCAGGUGCAGCAGNNNNAGCAGCCGCCCCCGCCGCCGCUCCCGGUGGAGCCUGAGCCUGAAGCCCAACACGAAGAGCUCUACUCUGUGCAGGACAUCUUCGAGGAGGAGUUCCUUGAGCAGGACGUAGAGAAUGUUUCCAUUGGUUUGCAGACAGAGUCCAGGCCAAACCAAGGGCUGCCCAUCAUCCAGAGCCCACCCCCGUCCCCAGCUCACAGGGACUCAGCCUAUAUUUCUGGCUCACCUCUUGGCUCUCAUCAGGUCUUUGAUUUCAGGUCCAAUAGCUCCGUGGGUUCACCAACCAGGCAGGGGUACCAGUCCACGUCUCCUGCUCUGUCUCCAACGCACCAAAACUCACAUUACAGGCCCAGUCCUCCGCACACGUCCCCUGCUCACCAGGGCUCCUCGUACCGCUUCAGCCCACCUCCUGUUGGAAGCCAAGGGAAGGAGUAUCAAAGCCCACCACCUUCUCCUCUCCGCAGAGGUCCUCAGUAUCGUGCCAGCCCCCCGGCAGAGAGCAUGAGCGUUUAUAGGUCACAGUCUGGUUCCCCGGUGCGUUACCAGCAAGAACCCAGUGGGGUCAGCCAGCUCCCAGGUAGGCCAAAGUCUCCGUUGUCCAAGAUGACACAGAGGUCUUUCCAGAUGCCCCAGCUGCCCGUGGCUGUGCCACAGCAGGGCCUGAGGCUGCAGCCAGCCAAGGCCCAGAUCGUGAGGAGCAACCAGCCCAGCUCCGCCGUCCACUCCAGUACUGUAAUCCCAACUGGUGCCUACAGCCAGGUUGCCCACUCCAUGGCCAGCAAGUACCAGUCGGCAUCAGGGGAAAUGGGGGUCAGCCAGAGCAGGCUGGUCUACCAGGGCUCCAUCGGGGGCAUCGUUGGUGACAGCAGGCCAGUGCAGCACGUCCAGGCCAGCCUCAGCGCGGGGGCCAUCUGCCAGCACGGAGGGUUGGCCAAGGAAGACCUUCCACAGAGACCAUCCUCGGCCUACCGGGGGGGAAUGAGGUACAGCCAGACCCCUCAGAUCGGGAGAAGCCAGUCUGCCUCCUACUACCCUGUGUGCCACUCGAAGCUCGACCUGGAACGUUCUUCCCUCCCCGCCAGCCAGCUGGGCUCUCCGGAUGUGUCCCAUCUCAUCAGAAGGCCCAUCACAGUUAAUCCCAGUGAAAUCAAGGCUCACCCACCGACUCCACGGCCCCUGCUCCACUCCCAGAGCGUCGGCCUCCGCUUCUCUCCUUCUAGCAAUAGCAUUUCCUCCACCUCCAACCUGACUCCCAACUUCCGCCCUUCUGCUUCGAUCCAGCAAAUGGAGAUUCCUCUCAAACCAGCUUACGACAGAGCCUGCGAUGAACUUUCUCCGGUCUCCCCCACUCAGGGGGGUUAUCCCAGUGAGCCAGCCCGUUCCCGGACCACGCCCUUCAUGGGAAUCAUAGAUAAAACAGCUCGGACUCAGCAGUAUCCCCAUCUCCAUCAGCAGAACCGGACCUGGGCCGUGUCAUCAGUGGACACUGUCAUUAGUCCUACGUCUCCUGGCAACCUCCCCCAGCCGGAAUCCUUCAGCCCGCCUUCGUCAAUCAGCAACAUUGCCUUUUAUAACAAAACCAACAAUGCACAGAAUGGCCAUUUGCUAGAGGAAGACUAUUACAGCCCCCAUGGGAUGCUGGCCAAUGGGUCCCGGGGAGACCUCCUGGAGAGAGUCACCCAAGCCUCCUCGUAUCCCGACGUCAAGGUGGCAAGGACACUGCCUGUGGCGCAGGCCUACCAGGACAACCUCUACAGGCAGCUCUCCAGGGACUCCAGACAAGGGCAGACAUCCCCAAUCAAACCAAAGAGACCAUUUGUGGAGUCUAAUGUGUAA